AGAAGGGGGGGAGGAAAAACACUAAAGGGGUAGCUAUGGAGAUGGAGCGUUUUCCUGGCUGCUUUCUUUGACAGGUGUUGAGUGGGGCAAAAGUCUUAAAACAGAAUUCAGCAUGUACGCCAAAGGUAAAGGAGCUGUCGUCCCUUCCGAUAGCCAAGCGAGAGAAAAGUUAGCUUUAUAUGUCUAUGAGUAUUUGCUGCAUGUUGGCGCACAGAAAUCAGCACAGACCUUCCUGUCAGAGAUCCGAUGGGAGAAGAACAUCACACUUGGGGAACCUCCGGGAUUUUUACACUCGUGGUGGUGUGUAUUCUGGGAUCUGUACUGCGCUGCCCCGGACCGGAGGGAGACAUGUGAACAUUCCAGCGAGGCCAAGGCUUUCCAUGACUAUAGCGCGGCCGCUGCCCCCAGUCCAGUGAUGGGCAACAUGCCACCCAACGAUGGCAUGCCAGGAGGACCCAUGCCCCCGGGCUUCUUUCAAGGUCCUCCAGGAUCUCAGCCUUCCCCCCACACACAGCCUCCCCCACACAACCCCAGCAAUCCCAUGAUGGGACCUCACGGACAGCCAUUCAUGUCUCCGCGGUACCCAGGUGGCCCAAGGCCCUCCCUCCGUAUGCCAAAUCAGCCUCCUGGGAGCAUCCCCGGGUCACAGCCUCUCCUUCCAAACAGCCUGGACCCCACCAGACCUCAAGGACAUCCAAACAUGGGAGGUCCAAUGAGAAUGAAUCCCCCCCGAGGCAUGGGAGGCAUGGGCCCACAGAACUACGGCGGAGGGAUGAGGCCUCCUCCGAACUCCAUGGGGCCAGGGAUGCCAGGCAUGAACAUGGGUCCUGGUGGAAGAGGUCCAUGGCCGAACCCCAACACCAACUCAAUAGCUUAUUCAUCUUCAUCUCCAGGCAACUAUGUGGGCCCUCCAGGGGGAGGCGGCCCACCAGGAACUCCCAUCAUGCCUAGCCCCGGAGAUUCAACAAAUUCAAGUGAAAACAUCUACACAAUGAUGAACCCUAUUGGCCCUGGUGUAAAUAGACCCAAUUUCCCAAUGGGGCCAGGUCCCGAUGGGCCCAUGGGUGGAAUGGGUACUAUGGAGCAGCAUCAUAUGAACGGAUCACUAGGCUCUGGUGACAUGGAUGGGUUGCCAAAGAAUUCUCCCAACAAUAUGGCAGGCAUGAACAAUCCUCCCGGCACCCCGCGGGACGACAGCGAGAUGGCAGGCAACUUUUUAAACCCAUUCCAAAGUGAAAGUUAUUCACCCAACAUGACGAUGAGUGUGUGAUUUUUUUUUUUAUUUUAUCUUUUAUUUUACUUUUCAUCUCCCUUUAUCUCCCUUUCCCAUCCACCCUGGUGCGUCUUGCAUUACUUCCCUCCCUCCUCCCUCCUCCUCUUCGUGGACGGUGUGCUGUGCCACACAGCCCCUGGGGAUUCCCCUGGAAGGCAGGACUCCUCUGAAGGCCCCUCAUCCCAACGCCUGUAAAAUGGUUGUAAGAGCAUGAAACGGCCACCGAGCAGCAGGAAGGCCUCCUCUCCGAUUCUCCUCGCCUGCUGGGCCUCAUCGGGGGCCCUCGGACAGCGUGAGCCUGAGCCUGCCCCGAGCCCGUCUCUCUCAAAUCCAAAACCUGCCCUCAUGGGUGACAUUCAGGCCCAAUCAAGAUGUCCCUCUGCAUUCAGCUCCAACCCACCACCACCACCACCACCCCACCUUUAUAUCAUGCUGAUCACAAGUCAUGAGGGCACGCAGUAGUUGACUGACACGGGGCCGAAAGAGCCUCGUUCAAAAACUAUGCGCCUGUGGCAGAAAAAUAUGAACUGAUAAUGUUAUUUUAGGGCGAAUAUGGUUUUCAUUCAAUGUGUAUUUUUGUUUUUUUGUUUUUUGUUGAUGAUAAUAUUAUUGUUCUGAUUUUCAUGAUUGAUAUUAUUUGACUAAUGUAGUUAUGAUUUCCUGUAAAGGGCACAUUUUAUCUCAGCAGCAGCAUCAACAAUGACAGAAUAAGCACACACUCGAAAAAUGCACAAUGAUUUUCUGUUUACAUGACUUUAGGUUGUUUGUCGUUCGUCUUGUUUUUUGUCACGGUCUGUCUCACUUCACAUACCUCCUCCUGAAAGCGUCUUCUGAUCUCGUAAGUUUGUGUCUUUGCCACUUAAACGUUAGAGCGAAAACGAGUGUCUUCACCUGAUGACGUGCUGAGGUGUGUCAGAUAAAUCUAGCCAUACAGCUGAAGCAGAGGCUCGCCCAGAGCUCCGCUGCUCUCUGGUACAAAGUGUCUGUUGGUGAAUAAUCCGAUGUGUAGCUAUCUCGUCUUAAUAAGCAAACCCUCCCUCACCUGUCUAUGUUUUUACUGCGGGAAAAUGGCUCCGACGACAUCCUGAGAUGAUUAUCGGGAUGGGUGCCGUUUCUAAUUCAGUAGCAGGCGGGGCGUUUUUUGGAUGCUCUCGCCUCCUCUUUUGGAUUUGGUCCGGUCUGUAAAUACAGCAUAUUUAGCUUGUAUUGAUGUUGUUUUAUUGUUCGUUAUUUACAAGUUGUCUGUGAAUCCUGAAAUGUGGUUCGUCCCCCUUCAUCGCUACGAUUUCAACCACACUGUGGAUUCGCAAGUGGCACCGUUUUCCUCCCAGGAUUCAUUCUGGUCUCACCAGCAUCCCCUCUCGGACUCGGAGAUACUGUGGGACCUCCGAUACGCUCACGAAGCCUUUCUUGCUUUGAGUUUGUAUUGAACUCACAGAUCCCGUUUGAUAUACACUUUCUAAGCCCAGGGCAAAUGAUUGUCUCCACAGAGGUUACAUCGAUGAGUUCCCUGGGAUAAAUGAUGCAGAUGCCUGGGUGGCUGAAUAAUGCGCCUAGGGAUUCAGAGACCAUGCGGCCACGUCGGUCUAAAGAAGCGGAACAGUAACAGGAAAGAUUUGCAGCGGAUAUAUUUCCAUUUUGUGAUUUGUUUUUAUUUUAAAUGUAUUCAACUGAUGAAAAAAAAAUGAAAGCCCAUAGAAUCUGCACACUAAGAAAAGCAUAGCAUCAUAUUAUGCUAUUUAAUUAUUUUUUUUUUCUUAUGUUCUGUACUGUUGGCCUAAUCAGCUCUCACUGUCUCUGUUUCAAGGGGUAUAAAUAAUCUCUCGUGGCACCACACGGCAACACUUACAUCGCAGCUGUGUUCAAACCAACAAUAACAAACGUUGUAUCCUCUGUGGGGGAUGGUGACGUACGUAUUCCUGAUAUCAAUGUGAACAUAUUGUACCCAGAAUUCAACAGGGACAUCUGCAGGCAGGGUUUGGCUAUCGGUGGCAUGGGAGUCACGCUCUCCGGUGUUCCUUCUACGUAGUGACACACGCCUCCCUUCUUCCCUCCAAUCCCAACCCAACCCCCUCCCCGCCCCCCACCCUUUAAUUUCCUUUUUUGUAAAUACUGUAUAAUGCAUUUUGAUAUCAUUGACAUGUUUUGAUAUGUCAGUCACUACCAAUGAAUACAGCUGAAAGUAAAUUAUAAAUAAAACUGUCCAUGUUUUUCAUAGAGAAAGGAUGUGCUGACGAUGUGGCUCAUGUGGCAAAAUUUAUAGAAUACAGUAAACGUUGCUAAAUGUAUAGAUUACAGUAACACUUAAUGCAGACUGUGUGCUGAAGCCUUGUAUGGUGGGGAGGAUGGGACAGAGAGAGGACAGGGCAGAGAGAAGCAAACCAGCUGUGGCGUCCUCACUCUGCCCUUGACUCCUUAAGUUUCUGUUCACAGUUGCUGUUGGGUUUGAAAAAUCGUGUGAAUAAUUUUUUCCAAAGGGCAUCUUCUCACAAAACGAAACAUGUGACCUCAUAUUGCAGUUUUUAAUAUGAAGGAUUUUUAUCGAUUUAAAAAAAAAAAAAAACUUUUAAAAAGGAAAAAAUACUUACGAAAACCUCAUUUUAAAUUAAGUGUAGAUCAAAAAGUAAUAGUUAUGGGGAAAAACUGUGUCCUUUGCUAUUCGCUCCUGUAAUAGCGUUGUAUAGUUUGAAGCUCUCUCACUGAUCCUCUCUCAGUCCUCUGUGUAUAUCGAUCGUUGGCCAUCUCUGUACUUCUAUUGUGAUGUAUAAUACUGUACCAUUAGGGAGAUUUGCUGGUCGGGCGGGGUGGUUAUAUUGAGUCGGGAAGGGGUGGGAAUUCAAGGGAAGGGGAUAUUAAUGAUUCUCCUGUACCAUUCAUGGUCCUCUCUGAUGACACGGCAGUAUUCGAUAUGAAGCAGUCUGUCUCUUGGGUUUGCUUUGUAUUUCAUAGUAGGGUAGUUCAGAAUCUUGUCUUAGGGACUUAGGUGUCUUGUGUAGGUAAUAAAGAUGUUCUUUGUAUGUUUCUUUAUAUUGUAAAGUUUCUUUAGACUGAAAGAAAACAGAUAAUUUGCUUAUCAAAAAAGAAACAAUGCAUCAAUAAUAAAUGUCAUUUGAUUUUU